UGCUGAAGCGAGCGGACUUCGCGAAGGUCCUGCGGAGACACCGACAUAAGAAGAAAUGGAAGUCAUCCUAGAAGUUCCCAGUUUGGUUUGAACCCCAAAGUUUCUAUGAACUCUCCUUUUCCUACCUUCCUGGGGUCUGGAAACUCCAAAAUUACCCUCCACCCUGUGAUCGCAUUAUGGUUUUUGCCACUGCAUAACCUUAGGCUGCCACAGAGCCCAAGUUCCCUGCCACUCGCCUGGCUCUGCAGAAUUUUGACAUGACCUACAGUGUGCAGUUUGGAGAUCUUUGGCCAUCGAUCCGGGUCAGUCUUCUCUCAGAGCAGAAGUAUGGUGCACUGGUCAAUAACUUUGCUGCCUGCGAUCAUGUGAGUGCUGAACUGGAGCAGCUGCAUGCUAGAGACUUUGUGAAUAAAGCCCACUCCCAUGGGGAACUGGAGCCUGAGAGUGGCCAAACGGCAGCUCCAUCCCCAGCUUCCUGGGCCUGCAGUCCAAACCUUCGAUGCUUCACUUUCACCAGAGGGGAUGUCAGCCGUUUCCCUCCUGCCAGGCUUGGCAGCCUAGGUGUCAUGGACUACUACCUGAUGGAUGCUGCCUCCUUGCUGCCUGUCCUGGCCCUUGGCCUGCAGCCCGGCGACACGGUGCUUGACUUAUGUGCAGCCCCCGGGGGAAAGACACUAGCAUUGCUUCAGACUGGCUGUUGCCGCAAUCUUGCUGCCAAUGAUCUCUCCACUUCCCGAACAGGCAGACUUCAGAAGGUCCUUCACAGCUAUGUACCUAAAGAUGUUAGGGAUAAGAGUCAAGUUCGAGUCACCUCAUGGGAUGGCAGGAAGUGGGGAGAACUGGAGGGGGACACCUAUGACCGGGUGCUGGUGGAUGUGCCCUGUACCACAGACCGCCACUCCCUUCAUGAAGAGGAGAACAACAUUUUUCAGCGGUCAAGAAAGAAGGAGCGGCAGAUGUUACCUAUGCUGCAGGUGCAGCUUCUUGCGGCUGGACUUCUUGCCACGAAACCAGGAGGCUACGUUAUCUAUUCCACCUGCUCACUCUCACACUUACAGAACGAGUAUGUGGUUCAAGGUGCCAUCGAACUCCUGGCUAAUCAAUAUAACAUCGAAGUUCGAGUAGAAGACCUAACUCACUUCAGAAAGCUUUUCAUGGACACGUUCUUUUUUUUCCCAUCCUGCCAGGUUGGGGAGCUGGUAAUUCCAAACCUCAUGGCCAAUUUUGGGCCUAUGUACUUUUGCAAAAUGUGUAGACUGACAUAGCAUCACCCCGUUCCUGGAGCCCUGGUGUGUGAAGACAAAGGGUGUACUCCUAAGGAGGCACCGGAAACUGAGACCAUUGGCAAAGAAACACUCUGGGUCCCAUCUCCAUCGUGUUCAAGUCUUUCUAUAGGUAGUUUUUAGCAAUAGGAAGUAGGAGUUUUCUGUCCUGCUGUCCAAUUGUGGAGCAUCAGCAGGUUUCUAACUCGCUUAUUAUACUCCACCUCCCACUUUCCAUCUCUAAGCCUGUACUAAACGUUCCUGCUCCAUUGGGGGCUUAGGAGGAAGAGCCAGUGAGCAGGCCCACAGUUUAAACUGUAAACGGGAAGAAGCAUUUAGUCAAUAAAAUUGUUGAAGCUCCAAAGAGCUGAGGCUGUGAUUGGGGGCCUCAUAUUAGUCCAAGUACUGUUAGUUCUAUUUGUACCAGCUGCUGCUACUGAGCACUAGCUCCUAGGUGGCUCAAUGUCUGGUUACAGGCCCUUGGUUACAGAGCCCCUCUUACACUUGAGGUGAUGUCUGCAUGAUCAGUCUUGAGCAGUCGGUGGGCCAAAACAAGUUUCUCCAUAUGGCCUAUGAUUUCAUGUAAGAAACAAGUAACUAAAAAUGUUAAGCCAAAGCAGUCUGCUUACUUACAUUGAGAAAGCUCUCCUGAGCUAAUAAUUCCAGCAAUUCCUCCUGCUGUCAACAGCACUGCUGCCCAAUUGUGACUGGGGAAGUUGCUUUGCCACAGGGUUGUGUUACUCUUGUGUGUGUCUUCUAUUAUUCAUUUCUCUAGCAAGUAUAUCUUGAGCUCAUGUAUGACAGGUAGCCAGGGAACUGCUGGAGAUGUAGUAAUUGGGAUUGUGGGGGAUAAUGAAGCCUCAUCCUUGGGAAUGGCAGUGCUCCUCCUUUGCUUUCUGACUACCUAGGAAUCUCUUAAAUGUCUUACUAUGUUUUGUUUUGUUUUCCCCUUGUUCCUGGUCUAUGGCUGAGCUCUGCUGCCAUUUGUUUGACCCACCCCAAAUCAUUCAGGAGCUCUUCCUCCAGCAUCAUAGGGCCUCACCUCAUACAGUGUGCUUAAUAUUUGCAUGCCAAUUAUGUUAUUACUAGAGGCCCGGUGCACAAAAUUCGUGCACUCGGAGUGGGGUAUCCCUCAGCCUGGACUGUACAUUCUUGCAGUCUGGGGGCCCUCAGAGGAUGUCCGACUGAUGCGGCAGAGGCAGGAGAGGCUCUCACCACUGCUGCUGCACUAUCCAGCCAUGAGCCUGGCUUCUGGCUGAGCGGCACUCCCCCUGUGGGAGCACACUGACCACCAUGGGACAGCUCCUGCAUUAAGCAUCUGCCUCCGGGGGGUCAGUGCGUGUCAUAGCAACCAGUUGUUAUGCUGUUUAGUAAAUUUGCAUAUUAGCCUUUUAUUAUAUAGGAUUGUAACUUUAUUAAGCACAAAUAGGGCAAUAUCUUAAUGACAGGGAUAUUAAAAAUUGCUUGUGGUCA